GAGUUUUUUCUCAAAAUAAGAUCCAGUAACUUGAAAUGAAAAAUCUACACAACACCAAACAGCUGAUUCAUGCUUUCGUUACAAGUUGCAAGCCUGCAAGAAAAAGUAGGCUGUCCUUGGAAAUUGGCAAAGCUGACCUGAGAUUAUUUUAUUGUUUUUGGAUUAUCAAAGAAUAAUUAAUAAUAUUUUUUAAAAUUCCUUUGAUAAAUCAAUAAUCAAUGGCUGGACGAUCUGCUGUCUCCAAAGCUCCCCAAGUAUUCACUGCUUUCCAGAAAUGGACGUUCAACAAUUAUGGUUACAAUAGAUACGGAUUGCUGAACGAUGACUGUUUGCAAGAGGAGGAAGAUGUCGAUAUUGCGAAGGCAGUGGAGCGCCUGCCACAGCCUCUCAUGGAUGCUCGCAACUACAGGCUCCUCAGAGCUUUCAACCUCUCCAUGCUGCAGAGAUACCUGCCCAAGGAGGAGUGGACCAAAAUCGAAGAUGAUGUACGUUACCUUGAACCCUACAUUCAAGAAGCCAGAAAAGAAAGACUAGAAAAGGAAGAAUGGGAGGCCAACCAUUAGAAAUACCCCAUGCUUUGAUAGUUAUGUAAAUAGAAUUUAUCUCCUACCGAUGGCGAAUCAUUUCCAAAUAAACUCUUAUCAUGAUCAAUUAUCUUAAUGUUCAAUGUUGAAAUAUUAAACUCUUCGAUUGAUUUAUUAAGUUAUGAAUUCACGUUUAUGAAAACUUUGAAAUACAAAAUAAUGUUGUCACAUUAUAAAUCAAAAUCAAUAAUUGAGUUGUAAAUCUGUUACAAUAAAAAUUUGGAAUGAUGUA